AUGGACACAUCUCCUGCCCCGCUCCUGCUGCUCGCGCUGGCAUUCUGCUGCCCUGGGAUCUACAGCCAGAAACUUGAGGUGAAGCUCAGGUCUCCCAAGGACAUCGGGCAGCUCCGGGUGGGACAGAGGCUGGAGCUGGAGUGUCACACUGACAGGAGCCAUGGGGCAUCCUGGAUCCGCCAGGACAGCAGUGGGACCCUUCACUUCAUUGUCUUCAUCAAUUCCCUGUCCAAGCCCACGUUUGAGGCGGGGCAGAGAACGUCCACACGCUUUGAGGCGAGCAAAGACAGCACAAUCUAUCGGCUGGCAGUGAAAUCCUUCACACCACAGGACCAGGGCAGCUAUUUCUGUGUGAUGAAUCUCAACCAAAUGCUGCACUUCAGCCCUGGCCAGCCCGCCUUCCUCCCAGCCACCACCACAGUGGCACCCAGCACUCCAGCACCCACCAGCCAGGGCAGCACCACUGAGGAGCCCAACCUCACAUCUCCAGACCCAGACAGCAGAAUGCAGGAAGACCUGGAUUCCUCCUGUCUCGCCUUCCUCUGUGUCACCUUGGCAGGGCUCUGCCUCCUGCUCCUCCAGCUCCUGGCCACCACCAUCGUGCUGCAUCAACUUAAGGUUGCACCUACCCCUCUAGGUGCACCUCAGGCCUGA